AUGUAAAAUAAAUAACUUGUAAGCAGAACCACUACAAGACGAAAUUUACUACAAUCUUAGAGUGUUCUCGAGUAAUCACUUAAAUCGUCUAUUUUGUAAAAGUCCAAUUUCCAUUUACAAAUACAAUCGCAAGUAAUUUCCAACAACAACAAUCCAAAUCAUGAGGACAAAUAAAAUUCACAGAAUCCUUACUUCAAUGAUUUGAGUGGUAUUAGUCACGAUUCCGAAAAUGACAUUUUUAGAGAUUGUCCUACUUAUAAAAAUGGCCCCAAGUCUACAGGAUCACUCAAAUCCAGAUCAAAAAUACUCAAUUAAAUGGCAUACAUCACUCAAAAGAUGAUUCCUGAGUUCCAGAGAGGAAUUUAAUUGAUUUCGCAAGCCGAGUAUAAAGGAUUUUUAUAAGAGGGAUAAAGUCCUUGAUUUUCGAGUCGAACAGACUGAAUAACCAGUGCGUAUAAGCAGUCAAUAACUUGGUCUCGGAGAAAUUAUGAUCAAUUAUCAACAAGACAAAGUAUGCACUAUUCAUUCUAUAUCAAAAUACUUAGCAUCCUAUUGAAUUGCGGCCAGAAUUGUGGAAUGUGCAAUUAGUCAGACAAAUGGAAUUUUACUAUUAUAAAUUGCGUUCCAAAUAAUAACCAGUCCCCCUGCAGUUUUAUAUGAAUUAAAGUGAAACCACAAAUUUCAAAAUUUUCGUAUCUUCUGUCAAUCCCUUCCCAACCAAAUUCUCAUGUGAUCAGAUCAUUUCAGUCAAGGGAUGGAAAUAUAAAAUAGAUGAAUCUAAAACAUUCCAUUGCGAUUACAUCUACAUUAGCAUGGUUUGUGAUUUAGAUACCUAAGUUAAACUUAAGUUUUAGUUUGGUAAUAGAUUGUUGAAAAGACCCUAAACUAUUUCAAGGAAAAUUGAACCAUCCUCAUUAUUCAUAAGAAGUGUUCAUCAUUAGUAAUUGGAAAGAAUGAAUUCCGAUUUAUUAAACGCCUAAGUGGCCGAGAUUAAGAAAAGAAGAAAAGAGAAAUUAAGAUAACGUGGGAUUUUUAAAGAUCUAAUCAAAGAAAAUAUUCAAAAAGUAAUCGAAUAUAAUGAAGAACAUUAAAGAAGCUUUAGAGAACUAAGAAAGACAUAAGGAGAUAAUAGAAUAGAAGAUGUGUUAUGUAGAAAAAAGUUGAUGAGUCAAAAUGAAUAAUAAAGGAAAGAAUACUAAUAAAAAACUAAAGAAUUAAGUAAAAUUAUUCGAUAGAGACACAAUUUUGUUUUAACUAAAAAGAAUCUCAAAAAUAGAGUGUGCACACAUUGGUUUAAUAGUAUUUACAUGUCUCUAAUUUGUACUAAGAUUUAUUUCAUGUUCUAACACAAAAUAGAAGCCUAAAAUCAAUCAACCUUGAUGGCAUUUUAGGUGAAAAGAAUAAUGAAACGAAUUCAUAAAAGAUUAAGCGCAAUAAAGGGAGUUACUAUUUAUGAUCGAGUGUUUUUCGAUGUUAAAUUGUAAAUUAUAAUGUCAUCAUUUUAUUUAGAGUAUUGCAAGGUUUUUGCAAGGCUGUAUAUUCGAAGUAGGUUAAGUUGCAUAUAGAGAAGAUUGUACCACACUUAAAAACAAGAGCUGAAAUUUAUCAUUUAAAGAGUUAAGUGCUCAUUACAAAUCUUAAAAUUUCAAAGAUUCGAAUGAUGUUUUUAGAGUUUUUGUUAAGAUACAAAUCUUAUAAAUAGAUGCUUCAUAAUAUUUGGAACAAAUAUUUCAAAGAAUAAUUCUUGAAGUAUUAUAAUGGAUUAGAUCAAUCAAAGAAAGGAACAUAUCAACCAUACAUCAUUUAAUUAUAGAAUCAGGAUUAUUUCAUGUAGUUUAUUGUAUUUAAUUAUUAGAUAACUUUAAAGCAUAUUUAUUGAAACUUAUAGUAAAGAUAAAUUAAGGAAGUAUUUAAAAGAUAUGAGUGACUAUGCCAAAUAUCUGAAAAAAUUGAGGUCUCAAAAGUAUAACAAAACAAAAAGGAGAGAUUUUGCCAACGAAUAAGUCUUACAUUCGCCACGAAUGUUUCAAUUACCAACUUAUGAUGAUGUCUUGGAAUAUCUUCCUUUGCUUGUGGUUAACACUAAUAAAGUUGAUUUGAGGACUUCGCAAUAGAUGCAACAAUCAUAAAUGCCUUUGAUACAAGAGUCUUAGGAGAAAAAAAAGAAGCAAGCAAAAUCAAAAAAAUGAGUUUAAUAUUUAAUUAA